AUGAACUCGUUAGAGUACCUCAUUGCCAAUCCGCAUGUAUUGUCGGAUUCAUCCAUUGUCGAUGCAUUGACAGCAUUAGCAAACUCUCCUAAUAUGGAGAAUCAUGAUGAGGAAUACGAUAUGGAAGUGAACAGUGAUGACGAAAUGAAGAUCGACAUUUCUGCUCUCAUCAAUCCAAGUGUUUUCAAUUCUAUGCAGCUACCAAUCGGAACUGGCAGGUUUCCGAAUCCAUCACCUCCUCGGUCUAACAGUGGCACUCACACACCCAUUAGGAAAACACCAGGAAGCCGACCAGAUCGCGGAAAAUUCACAAUUUUGGAUGGUACUGAAGUAGCAGGUCCAGAAGAAGUUUUAAAUGUCGACUUCAACAGUGAAAUUUUGCAAAGGAUUUUCUCUGAUCCAAAACUUGGAAUUCAAUUCCUAGCUCGAUAUGGCCUUAUUCCUAAUACAAGAGUGUGCCGUGUGCAAGACUGUCCAAAAGAUCAGCUCAUGAGUUUGAUCAAACAUGCCAACGGUUUUGUGUGGCGAUGCAGGUCAUGUCGUAAGAGAAGAGAAAAGCGAAUAAUCACAAAGAUCUCGGUAUACGAAGGAACAUUUCUAUUCUAUUCCCGGAUGCCACUCAACAAAUUCUUCAUUUUCAUGCUCAUUUGGUGUGAGAAUCCAGGACUAUCCAUCACAGAAUACAAUCGAUUGAUGGGUGAAAACAGACUAGUAGAAGAAACGAUAUACAAUACUAUUGGAUUCAUGCGAGAUAUUAUUCAAAACUGGUGUGAUACGAUCAUCACUUCAAAUGUUCCUAUUGGUGGCCCCCACAGAAUCGUAGAAGUUGUCGAAACUUUGUCUACGGAGCAACUUAGCAAUAAAACUCGAAACAGGAGAACUCGACACUAUACAACCCGAACCGUAUUCAUUUCACUGGCAGAUGACAAAAUCAAGUCGGUUGAUUUUCCACUGCACAAUGUACACGACUUAGAAAGAGCUCUACUCGAAUGUGUUCAACCAGGAAGUAUUGUUGUGAUGCGUGACUCAUUCAUGGAGCGAUUCGGUCAACAAGAGGAGAUCUCAAACGCUCUUUUCAAUCACUACAAGGUGAAAUCAAUCUGUGACGUUUGGCUAGAUUUCAACGAGCAGGAACGUUCCAAACAAUUUAUCAAGACUGAGAUGAACCAAGUCCCUAAUGUGAGCCAGGAACCAUAUGCAUAUGAAUACUUCUUCCGUCGUUGCUUCGCUGACAAAUGCUUCAACCAUCUGCUCAGAGUAAUUCGUCUUCUUUAUCAGAAAUGA